AACUCGCUCACGUAAACAAACAUUCUGGGUCAGCAGAAGAAAAAUCUGCGCCGAAUUUUGACUUUUUUCUCUCAAAAUCUCAAAUCGGUUUGAGAAAAAAUUUUCUCAGACGUGUGCGAGCACGUCCCGCCGAUUGAUGUUGAGCCCGAACGAGUGAAAUGGAAAAGGACUCGGAAGAGCCGUGCAGCAACUCGCUGAACCGGCGGCUGGGGGCCGCAGAGAUAAGGGCCGUGCUCAGCAUCGAGGAGGAGAUGCCGCAGAACAUGCUGCCGCCGCACCUCAACCUUCCGCACAACGCCCCGUACGCCAUCGCGCCCUUCGAGGAAGACGAACCCUACGAACAACACGUCCGACGCAACAUCUCCCCCGGCCCUUCGCCGCAGGGAUCGCAAGGAUCGCAGGAUGACGUUUAUAACAACUGGCAGGCAACAAAAACAACAGUCAAAGAGCGCUUUGCCUUCCUCUUCAACAAUGAAAUCCUCUCGGACGUGCACUUCAUGGUGGGCCGCGGUGACCAGCGGCAGAGGAUUCCGGCGCACAAGUUUGUCCUGUCCGUGGGAAGUUCCGUGUUCGACGCCAUGUUCAACGGCACCCUGGCCCUGCAGGCGGACGAAGUUGAACUGCCCGACGUCGAGCCCUCCUCCUUUCUGGCGCUGCUGCAGUUCCUCUACUCGGACGAGGUCAACAUCGGGCCCGAGACGGUCAUGACCACUUUGUACACGGCCAAGAAGUACGCGGUGCCCGCCCUCGAGCAGCACUGCGUCGAGUUCCUCAAGCGCAAUCUGCAGUCGGACAACGCGUUCAUGCUGCUCACCCAAGCCAGGUUGUUCGAUGAGCCACAGCUGGCCGCUCUCUGUCUCGAGACCAUCGACACCAACACUGCCGAGGCCCUCAGCGCUGACGGCUUCACUGACAUCGACAUUGAUUCUCUCACAGCUGUCCUGGAGAGGGACACCCUGCGCAUCAGGGAGAUCAACCUCUUUCAGGCUGUUGUCAGAUGGUCCGAAGCAGAGUGCGCCCGUCAAAAUCUUCCAGCCACCCCUGAGCAUCAGCGUUCAGUUCUGGGACGCGCCGUCCUGCUUGUCCGCUUUCCCCUGAUGAGCGUAGAGGAAUUCGCUCAAGGGCCAGCCCAAUCAGGUCUUUUAUCCGACCGAGAACUCGUCUCCCUUUUUCUCUACUUCACCGUCAACCCGAAACCAGCCAUCAACUUCCUCGACGCUCCCCGCUGCUGCAACCUGGGCAAGGAGUUGACCAUCAACCGCUUCAAGGAGGUUGAAACGCGCUGGGGCUACUCGGGCACCAGUGAUCGAGUUCGAUUCACCGUCGACAAGAAGAUCUACGUCAUAGGUUUCGGUCUUUACGGGUCCAUCCACGGCCCUGCCGACUACUCGGCCACCAUCGAGAUCAUCCACACAGUUUCUGGCCGGGUGAUCGCCUCGAACCACAUCAGCUACAGCACCGACGGCUUCAACAACACAUUCCGUGUGACCUUCAAACAGCCUGUUGAGAUCAUGGCCAACAAUAGCUACAUUGCCUCAGUCACCAUCAAGGGGCCUGAUUCUCAUUACGGCAGCAAAGGAAUGCGGAAGGUCACUUUGGACUGUCCGUCGGGAAGCAAGGUCACUUUCAACUUUUCCUACGCCGCAGGUAACAACAAUGGCACCUCCGUCGAGGACGGCCAAAUCCCAGAGAUCAUUUUCUGCUUCUGAACAGGUUGUAAUCGAUGCAAUUUCCAACUUGUUGGGGUUUAGUUAAGAAAAGUAUUGCUGUGAAACCUAUUUAUAAUUGCAUUAUUUUCCCAGAUGGUUUAUUUUGUACAUUUCUCUGAAAUUAUUCAGCACUCGAGGUGGUUGUCGGCAUAUUGCAUUCUGGCAUUUAGAGUUUAUAUUUUUAAGCAGGCAUUUCAUUUUCCAAUUGCUUGAAAAGCGUGCAUUCUAAAUUAAUUUUACUAACUGAAUUGAUUAGUUUUAUCUCCGAGGCAUUGAAAAUAUAACCAUAUAUAUGAACAUGUA